AAUUUUGGCGCCCUCUGUACUUUAAAUAUGGCGUCUGAAUAAAUAACGUUUGGCGGUCGUCAGAGUUUGUCAAUAAAAAUAAAGAAACAAAUUAAAUAAAUUAAAUUUAAAAAAUAAAAAAAAGUUUAUGAAUAAAACAAUAUGUAAUUCAUAAUUAGUAAUUUGUUUUAAUUAACAAACAAUAAUGUACUCGUAAUAAUCAGUGAGAGUAAAAAACCAAGUGAACUACAAAACUAACCUAAAAACUAAAUCGGCUUUUAAAAACAGAGACUAAAAUAAUAAAAUUAAUUAAUUUAAUUUAAUUAGAUAAAUAAAUAUAUUUUUUUUAUAAAUAAACAAUCUAAAUAUUAAGUGAAAAAAAUGGAUCAAAUGCUACCAAGUCCAGGGUUCUCGAUCCCCAGCAUCGGGACACCUUUGCACCAGCUAGAGGAAGACCAGCAGAUUCUUCCAAACGCACUCCAGCAGCAGCAGCAGCCGUCUUCGUCACAGCAGUCACAGUACCCGCUGCAGCAGCUUCACUCGAUGAGUCCCAACCUAGGGAGCGGGAUGUUCCCAAUGUCUACUCCGCAGAAGACGAUGCAUACUUAUGCGCCUACUCCAGCGUUCGCUACUCCUCAGAGUAUGAUGACACCCCAGACUCCACAACACAUGAUGUCGCCAGCAGUGCAACCGGCGAGUCAUCUAGCUCCUACUGGAUCUCCAGCUCCAGGAAUAGGCUCUACUGGACCCAUGACUCCUGGAUCAGCUAUGACUCCAGGGUCUGCUGUUAAUCCAGCGUCAGCUGAUCCAGGAAUUUUACCACAAUUACAGAAUAUUGUAUCAACAGUAAAUUUAAAUUGCAAAUUAGAUCUUAAAAAAAUUGCACUACACGCUAGAAACGCCGAGUACAAUCCAAAACGGUUUGCCGCUGUUAUUAUGAGAAUAAGAGAACCUAGAACGACGGCUCUGAUAUUUAGUAGUGGUAAGAUGGUUUGUACUGGAGCUAAAAGCGAAGAGGACUCUCGGUUAGCUGCUAGGAAGUACGCGCGUAUUAUUCAGAAGCUGGGAUUUCCCGCUAAAUUCUUAGAUUUUAAAAUACAAAACAUGGUAGGAAGUUGUGACGUUAAAUUCCCCAUAAGACUCGAAGGAUUGGUCCUUACUCACGGCCAGUUCUCAUCUUAUGAGCCAGAAUUAUUUCCUGGUCUAAUUUAUCGGAUGGUGAAGCCUCGAAUUGUACUAUUAAUUUUCGUAUCCGGCAAAGUUGUACUUACAGGAGCUAAAGUAAGGACAGAAAUUUAUGAGGCAUUUGACAAUAUUUACCCAAUCCUAAAAAGCUUUAAAAAGCAAUGACACUCUUUCAACCUCACUACACUUAAAAUAAAAAUAAUAUUACUUAUAAGUAACACCUAAAAUAUUUAUUUAUAUUUUAAUUACUUGACCUCACUGAUAAUUGUGUCAGUAGAAUUAAAAAAAAAAUAUAUAUAUAUAUACAUAAUUUGACAUCAUGACGAAAGAUUUGAUACGAGACAAGAUUACAGUUCAACAGUA